UAGAGGUGGUAUUGCUUACUUUCAGUACAUGAUCGUUGCUGAUAUCAUUCGAACGUCCUGUGACUCUACUUCCGUCCUUAUCCUUCUUCGUCGAAUUACGCUCUUACUACCCAUUCUUGAUUCACAUAUUCCGUCUUCCUAUUCAUUGAUGUUCCACAAUGAAACUAGAUACGUGUAGUAAAUAGGGGAGCGAAUACUCUUGCUGGAUCUCGCAUUGUUAAUCGAGAACAGCACCUCUCCAUCGCAUAUGCUAUAUAAUAGCAUCUCAGCAGGUAAUUCUCAUCCUCAUCUAUCUUCCACUCUGGGAAAACCACCAAACAGCCACGCCCAAGAUGCCACUCAAGGUAGCCCACGUCGUCCAAUACGACCGUGUUACAACGCGUUACCUCCUCCGCGACGGAUGUGGCAACAUCUGGUGGGGUUCUUCAGCCCGCACUAUAUCCUCGAUCUGCGCCGCUGACCCGACAUGCCUCCCGAAGCUCGCUCCUCUCGACCCCGAAGCGUUCUAUCCGUGGGCCAAGCCCGGAACUAAGGAGUAUAAAGGCGCCCUCGAUGAUCCAAACGUGUUCAUCAAGAAACAAGAUUUCCUGAUGCACCGGUGCUUUGAUCAAGGCAAAGCGCCCGAGUACUUCAAAAACCUAAUGGUGCGCGAAGUCGAAGUCUGCGAGCUGCUGGCAAAGAACCCCCAUCCAAACGUGUGCAAGUACCUCGGCGUAGUGCUCGACACCGCUGACCUCAUCACCGGCAUAGCCUACAAGCGCUACGACUCCGAUCUCUUCACCGCCGUCGAGGAGAAGGCGUUCGACUACGCCAGGAUCCCGCACGUCGUCGCCGCCGUCGACGCGGGUAUGAAGCACCUGCACAGCCUCGCCCUUGUGCACGGCGAUCUCCGGCCCGAGAAUAUCUUCCUCAGGGGCGAGGAUGAGGUCGUCGUGGGAGACUUCGAUGCGUGUUAUUGCGUCGGAGAGCCGCUGGAGCAUAAGAUUGGCGCGCGGGACUGGUGGCCGGCGAAGUAUGGGCGUGAGCGUUACGCGGAGGUCGAGAUUGACUACUUGACGGUGGCGAAGCUGCCGUCGUGGUUUAAGGUGUGGAGUGUGGAGCAUGAGCGUAGGGGAAAGGCGGCUGCUGCUAAUGGGCGGGCGUAUUAGGUUGAUGACGGACGAGUGCGUGGAGGAUGCGGGCUUCGACUGGAGUCUUUUCUC